AUGCGUGUACAAUCAUUGUCGAAGUUGCCUGGGUGUAGCUGGAUUGAAGUCGAGAAAAACGUUCAUGUCUUCACUGGAGGAGAUAUCAUGUCUCAUCCCGAGCAUGCAUUGAUAUUGAAGAUGGUUGAGAAAUUAGAUGGGCUCAUAAUAGAAGCUGGAUAUAGCCCCGAUGGUAGUUUUGUGUUGCAUGAUGUCGAGGAGGAGGAGAAGAUACAUAGCUUACGUCAUCACAGCGAGAAAUUGGCUGUAGCAUUUGGAAUCUUGAAGGUGCCAAAAGGUAUGCCUAUCAGGAUCAUGAAAAACCUCUGGGUAUGUGGUGAUUGCCACGCUGCUAUCAAGUUGAUAGCUAGAGUGACUGAGCGGGAGAUUGUGCCAAGAGAUGCCAAUAGAUUCCAUCAUUUUAAGGAUGGUUCAUGCUCUUGUGGGGACUACUGGUAA